AUGUAUAAUGUUCUUUUGAGAAAAACAAAAAUUUAUGAUAAUAUGAACUUGACGGCAAUGAUUUUCAAUGUCAAUAUGAAAAAUGAAGAAGUGGAACAACAAACUGAACUUAUGUACAAAGAUAAUACAAUAUGGACUGCCGUAUUCAAUGCAGAUAAGGAUGCAAUAAAUCGUUUGAUCGAUGCUGAUCUAAAUGUUAUAAUGUCAAGAGGUGCCGUCGGUGAUUGUCCCAUUCAUAUGUUAUUUCUAUGUGGAACAGAUAAACAUUUGAAAAUUGCUCGAAAUCUUAUUAGACGAUUUCCAACGAUCAUGACGCAAAUUUAUAAUAAACCAAAAUAUUAUGGUGAAAAUAUUCUUCAUAUUGCUAUUGUCAAACGUAAUCUAGAUAUGGUUAAAUGGUUACUUAGUGAUAUUCAUUCAGAAAGUAAUCGACAACAACUAUUAACAGCCACUGCUACUGGUGACUUCUUUAAAAUAGGUCAACCAACUUAUUAUGGUGAAACUCCAUUAGCAUUUGCAUGUUGUACUAAUCAAUGGAAUAUUGCUAAAAUUUUACUUCAACAUGGUGCUGAUAUGAAUGUAAAUAGAAUAGUUGAAAACUCAACAUUGGUAAAACAACCUGUAAAUUUAUGGAAUCGUUUAAAUAAUGAUAAUUUGACACCACUUACUCUAGCAGCUGAUAUAGGUCGAUCUGAAACAUUAUCAUGGUUACUUGAUGAACGUAAAAAAAUACAAUGGUCUUUUGGUAAUGUUUCAUGUUUAUUACAUCCUCUCGAUCAACUUGAUGUUGAUAUUCAAGAACAGAAUAAAAAACAUUCUCUAUGUGUACUUGAAAUAAUGAUAAAAAAUAAUGAUUCAAAAUUAGUAAAUCCAAUUAUAAUAUCAUUAAUCGACAAAAAAUGGAGUUAUUUUGCUUAUCGAAUACUUAUUCGACGAUUUUUCUUUACAUUUAUUUAUCUUCUCAUUUUUCUUGCUACAACAAUACUAGAACAAACACGAACAGAAAUGAUGAUAGAUAUAAAUAAUAAAACAAGAACAACUUAUAAUAAAGAUUCAAAUAUGCCUUGUCGAAUAGCUUAUAUAAUUGGAUAUAUAAUUGUAAUAUCAGGUGCUUUAUUCAAAGGUGCAUGUGAGAUAAAAGAUAUAUAUGAUCUGGGUUGGGAAAACUAUGUGCAUAGCACAGGACCAGUUUUUCUUGAACAUCUUUUAUCAUGUUCAUUUAGUUUAUGUAUUUUAAUUGUUCAAUUUCUUCGUCUAUUUAAAAUACCAUAUGAAAAUGUUAUUCAUGCUUUUGCUUGUUUUCUUGGAUGGCUUUAUAUGUUUUUUUUCAUAAUGCCAUUUGAAUUUACUGGACCAUUGGUCAUUAUGAUUUAUAAAAUUUUAUUUAAUGAUGUUCUUCGUUUUUGUAUUAUAUAUCUAAUUUUUCUUGCUGGUUUCUCACAAUCAUAUUUUGUUUUAUUUAAUAGAAAUGGUUUACAAGGUUAUUUGUUAAGUAUCAAACAAUGUUUUUUAGGUUUAAUAGAAGACUUUAAUUUAGAAUAUUUUAUUGAAGAACAACAUUUAUGUAUUGGUACUUUUUUAUUGGUAUUGUAUGUUGUAAUUAUUACUAUUCUUUUAUUAAAUUUACUAAUUGCUAUGAUGGAUGAUACAUAUACAGAUGUGAAAAGAAGUGCAACACAAUUAUGGCAUUUAGAACGAGCACGUAUUGUACUUGAUAUUGAAAGUGAGAUAUCAAUAUCUAAACGUCAAUCAUCUAUCAACAAAUAUUGGGUAGAUAUACGAGGUGAACGUUAUUUACAAGUCGAACAAGUGGACGAUGAUGUUUGUCUAUAUCGUAGAAACAAUAAUUAA